UUUUGUACGAGCUGCCACGUCAGCAGAACGACGACGCUGCAACCAAUCCAACCAGCCCUCGAUUUGAUUUGUGUUGUUGGCAGUGUUGUGGAUUGUUGUCGCCUUCACUUCCAGUACUAGUAGCCUUCCUUCCUGAAACUCAAAGAAUACAAUACAAGCAAACUUAUCAAGAUGCUGGCUACUUCAAAGGUCUUUCUUAUUGCCGCAUUGUUAGCGUACACGGCGUGUGUCGUCUCCUCAUUUCAGGUGGCCAAACCGCAAUUAGCGCAGAGGCGACAAUCGGUCUUGUUCAGUUCCACCGAGGUUAAGGAAGAUUUGCCAGUUGAUUAUGACAUUCCUGACGAUAGUGUGGUGACCAUCAAGCCCAACGCCAUGAACCGUCUUCGAGAGCUACGUGAUAAACAGGAAGUCAAGUCGCUGGUGCUUCGCAUGGGAGUGAGGUCGGGAGGUUGCUCUGGGAUGAGCUACAUAAUGGACUUUUCGACAGAGGAUGCCAUUCAAGAAGACGACGAAGUGGACGAAUAUGAAGCAGAGAACAUCAAAUGUGUGGUCGAUUCCAAGAGCAUGCUGUAUUUGUAUGGAUUGGAACUGGAUUACUCAGAUGAACUCAUUGGAGGAGGAUUCAAAUUCUUCAAUCCCAAUGCCGAAGAAUCCUGUGGAUGCGGCAGUAGUUUUGGUGUUUAAUUACAACAAUACACAAUAACAAUAGACUUGAUUUUUGAUUAUGGAUCAUAUCACUGUUCCUUUGACAAGCUUUAGCAAAAGGAAGAAACAAUCUACUACCGUAGCUAGUUUUGAGUCGAGUCAGCCAAUCCCUUUGAGGGUUGCAAACAUGGACAAUGCAUCAGUGAAGAGAGAGAAAAUUACCUUCGGAGAGAGAGAAACAUAGCUUUUACAAAAAUAAUUGUAGCUAUUGGUACCGUACAUGUACAUGUACGGUACAAACUCGUUAGGGAAAUUUUGUC